UAGGUGUUUGUGUCUCCCCUCCUUGAAACUUAACUUCGUGAAGGUAGAAUCUUAUCUGAUUUGGUGCAGUAUCUCCAGAACCUAGCUAGACACUCAGUAAAUUUUUGUUGAAUUUACCAGUGUGUGGUUACUAUCCCAAUUCUGGACACAAAUUCUAUAAUACAUCUGUAAAGGAGCUGAAAAUAUAUAGUAAUACAUAAACGUAAAACAUUAUUGCUGCCUGAAUUUAACUUUUGCUGACUGGAUCCACAGACAAGAAAGAGAAAUACCAAAUACAACUAACUCAACUCUUUAUUUUUGACGAAACCGAUUUCUUUCAUUCAGUUCAUACUACGCGUCCACAUUGUGCCUCCAAAAAUAUUUGCCCUUGUAACUGAAUGCUCAGAAAGGCUAAGCAAUCUGCCCAAGGUCCCCUGGCAAUCCACCCAGAGAUGUGAGUCACUCUUAAGGUUGGAUUUAAUACAAAUGUUUGAAGGACGUAGCAACGGUCCAGCUGUCCUAAGGAAGCAAAAUGCUAAGUGCUCCGAUGCGACGACCGGAGGACAAGGUUCGCGGACCAACCACAGGAACUUCCGGGUUUUAAAGAUCCUGGCGCCAAGUUCAGGGCGUUGGCCGCGCAGGACGAGGCGCCCCGUGACGUCCUGCUCUUCCAAUGACCUUCAGGCCUACGGAGACGUCGGAGAACGGAAGUUCUCUGCCUGUGUGCUGGUUGGUUGCGCUUUGAGGCCGGCCCCGCCUCCCAUCUUCCGGUCUUCUCAAAAGUCGCUUAGCUCUUCGCUGGUUGUCAAACGUCCGGAGGCCGAGCGGUCGCGUACCUAGGAUGCCGCGUGGAAGCCGAAGCCGCACCUCCCGCAUGGCCCCUCCGGCCAGCCGGGCCCCUCAGAUGAGAGCUGCACCCAGGCCAGCACCAGUCGCUCAGCCACCAGCAGCGGCACCCCCAUCUGCAGUUGGCUCUUCUGCUGCUGCGCCCCGGCAGCCAGGUCUGAUGGCCCAGAUGGCAACCACUGCAGCUGGCGUAGCUGUGGGCUCUGCUGUGGGGCAUACACUGGGUCACGCCAUUACUGGGGGCUUCAGUGGAGGAAGUAAUGCUGAGCCUGCGAGGCCUGACAUCACUUACCAGGAGCCUCAGGGAACCCAGCCAUCACAGCAGCAGCAGCCUUGCUUCUAUGAGAUCAAACAGUUUCUGGAGUGUGCCCAGAACCAGGGUGACAUCAAGCUCUGUGAGGGUUUCAGUGAGGUGCUGAAACAGUGCCGACUUGCAAACGGAUUGGCCUAAUGAAGAAGUUCAACCUGGAGAGAUGGAAAAUCAGCUCUCAUAACUAAGUUAAUUUAGUAUAAAAAUAGAAUUGAUAGUGGGGGUAUAAAGUGUAACCAUCAGUUAAACCUUUCCUGUCAUUCCUAGCUUCCUUGCUUCAGAAUUGAAAUGGAAGUGGGGGUGUCCCUACUCUGUAGAAUCUGGGACUGGGCAAAUCUUUGUGUGGCCUCCUUAAACUAGCUGUUAUGAUUUUAUUCUUUGUGAGUUAAUUAGAAUAAAGUCAUUUUCCUCCAA